AUGGCUGGACUCUCAAAAUACAAGCUUUCCACGCGUUUAACCUCUCAAAUCAAAUACAAGUCCAUGAAACAAAUGUACAAAAGUUUAGCUGCAUCUUUCCAUCCAUACUUAAGUCUUCCUAGAUUUUCUGUAAAGCCAGGAAGAAAGCUUUGUGACUUUACAGGACUGCCAGCUUUGUAUACUGACCCAAGAACAUCUCUAAGAUUCUAUGAUUUGAGCGUUUACAAGUAUAUGCAAAAUCUACCAGCAGAGAUUAGUGAAAAAUACUAUCACAACAAAACGUAUGGAAGUGGACUUUUGAAUUACAAAAAGUGA